AUGGCUGCCACAGGCAUUUUUCCCUGUGCCCAUUUGCAACACAGCACCCAGGGACUCGGGAAAACCUGGAACAGAGGACAGAGGCUCACACACAGGGAAAACCAGAUCUGGGUGAGUGAAUUCAUUCUGCUGGGGCUGUCCAGUGACUGACACACACAUGUCUUACUCUUUAUCCUUUUCCUGGCCAUGUAUCUGGUGACUGUGCUGGGGAACUUCCUCAUCAUCUUCCUUAUCAGACUGGACAUCAGGCUUCACACCCCCAUGUAUUUUUUCCUCACUGUCCUAUCAUUUGUGGACAUCUGCUAUACCAACAGCACUGUCCCACAGAUGCUUAGCCACUUCCUGUCAGCGUGGAAGUCCAUCCCAUUUCACAACUGUGUAUUUCAGCUGUUUGUCUCCCUGGCACUGGGAGGAUCUGAGUUCUUGCUGCUGGGAGCCAUGGCCUAUGACUGCUAUGUGGCGGUGUGUCACCCCCUGCACUACACAGUCAUCAUGUAUGGAGGACUGUGCUUGGGGCUGGCUGCUGGCUGCUUGGUGGCUGGUGUCACAAAUUCACUGAUGCAGGCAAUCAUCACCUUCCAGUUGCCCUUGUGUUGUAAUGUUAUUAAUCACUUUGCCUGUGAGAUGUUGGCUGUGGUGAGACUAACCUGUGUGGAUAUCUUCUUCAACAAGGUCAUGGUGGCCAUCUCUGGCUUUCUGGUGGUAAUGCUCCCCUGCUUUCUGGUCCUGUUCUCCUAUGGCCGUAUUGUUGCUGCCAUUGUGUGCAUUCACUCUGCCCAGGGAUGCCACAAAGCCUUCAGGACCUGCACCUCCCAUCUCACUGUUGUUACUGUGUGCUUUGGAACGGCCAUCUUCACAUACGUGAGACCUGCAGCUGGCUCCUCAGCAGAGCAGGAGAAGAUGGUGGCCCUCUUCUGUGCUGUCGUGACCCCAAUGCUGAAUCCCUUAAACUACAGCUUGAGGAACAAGGAGGUGAUGAGUGCUCUACAAAGAAUGCUGGGAAAAUUUUCAGAAGAAAGGUAA